AGAGAGAGAGAGAGAGACUGUGUGUAAGGGGACAGAGAUGCUGUUGCCAGGGAACAGCGGUGAAGUAGAACUGUCCAUUUAUUCCAGCUCAAAGCAGGAUAAAAACAUGUUAAAUCAUGGAUGCAAAAUGGACUGAACGUGAGGAGAAGAAGAACAGCUGAUCCUGACUCCGAGCAGCCAAAGAGAAUCAAAGAGAAGGAGGAUAGGAUUUCUCUCUCAACCUCCAUUCGCAGCAUCAGUAACCAGCAAGAAUCAUUCCGCUGCCCAGGUCCUGAGCACACCUCCUGAGUCCAAGCUGCAGAUGUAAACAGUGAUCACCUUCACUCUCUGCUCAGGCAGAUCUACGGAGGAGGAAGAAGAAGAGAAAUAGGAGCAUCUGAAAGCAAAACAGGGAAGCUUUCAAAACGGAGAAGAGGAAGUCUUCCUUAUAACAAUAUUGAGCUGAAGCCCGUCCUCCCUGGCAGAGGAUGGGUACAGCAGAAGCCACAUUACGCAUGGACAGCAUGGAGGUUAAGGACGAGUGGCAAGAUGAGGACUUCCCCAGGCCACUACCAGAGGAUGGAUAUGCUGAUUCCUCAUGUGGCCUCACUGACAACAGGACCAAUCCUCCCACCACUCUGAAUGUGGGCGAGUCCAUGGCCCACCGUAAGCGUCGUACUCUGGUUGCACCUGACAUGAACCUCUCCCUGGAUCAGAGCGAGGGAUCGGUGCUCUCUGAUGACUUCCUGGAAACGCCCGAUGACCUGGACAUCAACGUUGAUGACAUCGAGACUCCUGAUGAGACUGACUCACUGGAGUUCAUCAACAAUGGCAAUGAGCUGGAGUGGGAAGAUGACACUCCUGUGGCCACCGCCAAGCGCCUUCCAGGUGAAAGUGAGGAGGAGAGAGACUCAUCUGGGCGUCUGUGGCGAACAGUGAUCAUCGGUGACCAGGAGCAGCGGAUUGACAUGCAGGUCAUCAGACCGUACCUGAGGGUCGUCACACACGGAGGUUAUUAUGGUGAGGGUCUGAAUGCUAUCAUCGUGUUUGCAGCCUGCUACCUCCCUGACAGCGGCUGUGAGGACUACACAUACAUCAUGGAGAAUCUCUUCCUAUACGUUGUGAGCAGCCUGGAGCUUCUGGUUGCAGAAGAUUACAUGAUUGUUUACAUGAAUGGAGCAACUCCUCGCAGGAAGAUGCCCGGCAUCAGCUGGCUGAAGAGAUGCUACCAGAUGAUUGACAGGAAGUUGAGGAAGAAUCUAAAGUGUCUCAUCAUUGCUCACCCAACGUGGUUCAUUCGGACCGUCCUGGCGAUCUCAAGACCUUUCAUCAGUGUGAAGUUUAUGGAUAAGAUCCGGUACGUUCACACCCUAGAAGAGCUCAGCCAGAUCAUCCCAAUGGAGCAUGUGCAGAUCCCUGAGUGUGUGUUGCAGUAUGAUGACGAGAAGAUAAGAGCACAAAGGGAAAGACUUGAGCAAGAGCAGCAGCAGUCCAACUCAACACUGCCUAAAGAAAGGCCAAAGUCAAUGAUAGCAGAAGUUGGUCAUGACAUCUGACAUUAAGAGCUUUAAAUUGAAGAACCAAUGGGGGACAUUCAUUCAUGAAAACUGGAGCCAGCGUAGACCACCAGCAUGGGCAUGUUGCGCAGGAUUAAAUCUCCUGACUGGAUCCAUUAGCUGCAAGACAAUCAUUUCUCAAAAAACAUUAUCUUCAGUGACAUGCUUGCUUCUACUAAAAGUUAAUUUACACCACAGCAUUACAGAUAUAGUACAAAAUAUAGCUAAAUCAAAAAGUAUCUGCUCCCUGCAUGCCCAGUUGAGCUUUAUCUACAGCAUGACUUCAACUAUAUAAAUUAAAAUUUAAGGACUUGGAUGAACACUCAAGCAUCCUUUGAGAGCCGGGAAUAGUGCACAUUACUAGUGCAAAGUGUACAUACUUGUGUAUAUAUAUUUUUGAGACGGGUGUAUGCACAGAUAUUUGGGUUUUGAUAUGAAUGGCAUGGAUAUUGUUUAGUUUCAACUUUCAUGGCUGUUUACAGAAAAAUUAUGUGCAAUGAUUUUGUUCUUCUUAGACCUACAGUUGAUGUUACUGAUGCAAAUGUGUGUUACAGUUUUCCAGAUUUUGAUAUGCAAGUGGCAUGCUUGUUUAUAUCCUUCUGUCUGGGUUACAGUUGUCAGUUUUUAAGUCAUUUGCCAUCUUGUUUCCAAAGGUACAUUUACAAGAUGGAAAGCAUACAUUGUUACAAAUGAAAUAUAUUUAAAAAUAGAGUCAAACUUAUUGAUAUAAAUGUUAUUUAUGAAACUGUGCCAUUUACUGUUUGUAAAAAAAAAAAAGAAUAAAUGAGUGAAUUAAAACAA